AAAUUCCUUCAGGUUCUCUGCAGCAAAUGUAGCCCCCCUGACUCCAGGACGCUCCACGUGACACCAUGCAUGCGCUUUAAAGGUAAAAUCGGGGCGUAAAAUGGAGAAUUGCAUCUUAAUGGUGCAUCUGUAUCCAUGUUGUGUGAGCCUCGCACCACGUAAACAACCCCACUAGGAUUACAUGUAUUAACAGAAGGCUAUAGUGGUGAUAUAUACUGUGUAGAUGUGGAUCCCGGAGCGCCUGUAGUCCUGCAGCCCGGUCCCGUGACGCACCGAGAUGCUGGUGCGUGCAAGAAAUGAAAAGCUCCACCUCGGAGUCUAAAAUGGCAGCGGGGGUUGCAGUGCAGAUGCAGCUCUACAUCUCCUUCCGGCAGAGAUGCAGCAAGAGACCCUCCUACUCCUCAUAUGUCGUCAUCGGGUCUCACCCAGUUAAAUUAUAGGCGAGAAAACCUCCGAGGAAAAAAACAAGCCGAUCAGCCAGCGCGGCCGGACCGAGCCGGCUUUCGCUUUAUGCCGGGUCCUUUUCAUUUCUCUUCCUUUUUCUCUUUUAAACCCGGCGAUAAACAAAGGAGAUGAGGGGACUCCUGCCGUUUUACCGGGGCCUGUGCACCCUGAGUAGCCGUCAAGCCAGACGCAAAGCUGAAUUUGCCGGUUCUCGGUGCGGGUUUUGCGGAACUCAGUCUAUUAGCAAGCCACAGCCAAGCUUUGGGCUGUUGUUUGACAUUGAUGGCGUGCUUGUCAGAGGAAGGAUGCCAAUCCCUGCUGCAAAAAAGGCCUUUGAGAAAUUGGUCGACUCUCAGGGACAAUUUGUGGUGCCAGUUGUUUUUGUCACGAAUGCAGGGAACUGCCUUCGACAAAAAAAAGCAGACCAGCUCUCUCACAUCCUUGGAGUUCCUAUUACACAAGAUCAAGUCAUCAUGUCCCAUAGUCCCCUGAGGAUGUUCAAGAAGUUUCAUGACAAGUGUGUGCUGGUCUCAGGACAGGGACCAGUCCUGGAAAUAGCUAAAAAUGUGGGCUUUAAGAAUGUGGUCAGUGUUGACAUGCUGAGGGAAUCAUUCCCAUUGCUGGACAUGGUGGACCACAACAGGAGACCCAAACUGCCGUCCAGUCCUGUUGGCACCCUUCCUCAGGUUGAAGCUGUGAUUCUGUUCGGGGAGCCAAUUCGAUGGGAGACCAACCUCCAGCUGAUAAUCGACACUUUGUUGACCAAAGGGAACCUCAGCAAUGCUCACCAUCUCCACAAUACGCCUCAUCUCCCCCUGCUGGCCUGCAACAUGGACCUCAUGUGGAUGGCUGAAGCCCAUUCUCCACGGUUUGGCCAUGGGACAUUUCUUGUGUGUCUAGAGAACAUCUAUAAGAAGAUAACAGGUCAAGACCUGAAGUAUGAGGCCCUCAUGGGAAAACCCAGUGAGCUGACCUACCAUUUUGCAGAGUACCUCAUCAGAAGCCAGGCCAUGGAGAGACAAUGGAAACUUCCUGUCACUUCCCUUUAUGCGAUAGGGGAUAACCUUAUGACUGACAUCUAUGGCGCCAAUCUAUACAACCGCUACCUGGAGGAGAGAGUUGCUAGAAAGAACCCCAAAGCUGUUGCUAAGAUGGUCUCCGCCACAGGGUCCACCACUGCCUUGCCCCAGGAGGAGGAGGGGGGCGACAAUCUGUGGGAGAGCGAGCUGGCGCUGCCCUCCGCCACCUCCUGCAAGUCUGUCCUCGUCUGCACAGGGGUGUACAACCCCAACAUGGAGGUGCCGUCUGAUGCCAGUCACUGCAUCAAGGAGACCGUGUUCCACGGCCACCGGGACUUCAGGUUUGACCCCGAGCUGGUGGAGCCGGACCACAUUGUGCACGAUGUGGCAGAAGCUGUUGACCUCAUCUUUGAGCAGGAGAAGUUUGUGCCUAAGUCGAGUUAAGCUAACCGCUUGUUGUUUUAAUCAUGGAGGUCCUAGUAGAGAGGUGGAGGUGGAGCAUUAAAGGAACACUCCACCGUUUUUUCAUAUUAAAACAUGUUAUUCGGUCAAGUAAGACGAGUUGAUACAGACCUCUUGCGUCUCAAUGCGUGCACUCAAUCA